AUCCAAAUCAGCACCUAAUUUGAACCGUAAGGAAUAUGUUCCUUCCUACCCACCUUCCCUAUCCAAAUCGUCAGUUAGUAUUCUACACAAAAUCGCAUUAUCUUGCCAUAAAACAACCAUUUUCUAAGAAGUAUCUGUUGCCACCAGUACGUACCUUCUACGCCGAGCGUCCCGCCGCCAAACGUGUUGUUGUCCCUGCUCCCGCACCCCGUCAGGUAGUUGUCCCACCCCCGAGGCAAGAGGUGGUCAAACCAAAUGUUUACCAUGUCCAGUACAAAGCUUCUCCAAACCAGAUAGUUCACAGGACUAAGUUGACAGAAAAUAUAGAUGAAGAUUUCAGGUUGCAAACAACAAACACGAGUCAGUAUCAAAAAUACAUAUCAAAACUACCGCAGCUACGAGGAACCCGUGCAUACAACAUACAGGUCGUACGAGGGAACCCGUUGCAAACCACACAUAUCGAACCUAUGAGGAGCUAUCCAAACUACUCUGUCAAACUACCCAAGCUAGAGUAG